AUGAAAGCUCAGUCGAUGCAUCAUGAGGAACUCCAAUGAGCUGAAAUGAUCGUUGCAGGCUUCUAGGUCACUGCGCAGAAGGUCAAAGUUCACUGCGCAGUGUUAUGUUUAGCAGAAAACUAAGAGGAAGAGACACAGAAUUUACAACUAUCCGUAAUGUCGCGGCGAAAGCAGUCUAAUCCCAAGCCGAUCAAAAGAAAAUCUGAAGAUGAGUUGGAGGAACUGGCAAAGACGUUACAUCUUCCCGCAAAUAUUCUGCACAUCUACGAAUCUGACGAUAACCACUACAUGAUUCGUAGCUCCAUCACACUACCAAAGGGAAGCAGUUUUGGACCAUUUAAAGCCCAGGUUGUUCCUGAACACAGCGAUACAAAGCCAGAUCAUGUUAUACAGUUCCCAGGCAACACCACUGGUAACCAUAGUAACAUCUCCCUAGUAACAGAAGAGGAUCAAGGAAGCUGGUUAAAGUUUAUGAAACGGUCCCCUGAUCCUGAUGAAUGUAACGCUAUCGUCACCCUUCAAGAUUCCAAUAUCAUAUGGUGUGAAAUUACACAAGACAUUGCAGAAAAUGAAGUAUUACUCGCAUGUUUUGCAAAUGAGGGGGUUUCGGCGGAUACCCCUGAGAGAGCAGUCACCCUAAAGGACGGGGCCCCAAUUAAAGAAAGUCUGGAUACAAUGGAUGUCAUAUCUAGUCAAACAAAUCAUAUCAAAGUCGAAGUCGAUUCUAGUCAUGAUGAUCAAUCUAAGGGGUCUUCAAGCUUGUCCAAGGGGUCUUUAGAGUCAGAGUCCGCUAUUGAGAGAGAUACCCUAAAGAUGGAGCCAAAGUCACCCGUUUCAUCAACGUCUGAAUUAACUGAAGAUUCAGAACCAGUCGUUAAACCAAAGCUAACACAUUCUCUGAGGUUUUGCUGCAUGAACUGCGGUGUCAAGUUCAGUAAUCCAAGCACGUUAGAAGCACACGCCACGUUCUACUGCACAAAGCGCCAUCUAGUGGCUCCAUCUAUUGAACGCAACAGUAUCAGCCCUGAAUCUGGUAUGUCAGAAUCCAAAAGUGAAGAUGGUUUGAACUAUCCAACCAAAGCUAUUUCACCCUCCUUAAAUCAGGACUCAGUUGACCAAUCAGACAACAGUAUUCGAGAGAAUGGCGAUCAAGAGUUUGAUGACGCUAAAUCGAUCAAAGCCUUCAAGUGUAAUGAAUGUACAUAUUCGGCAGAUAAAAGAACAAGUCUGAAUCGACAUAUGAGAAUUCAUGGGGCAAACGAUGAUAAAUCGGAACCAAAAGCGAAGCCCUUAAGCAAAGAUGAGCUUGCCGAAAUGCGCUGUAACAAUUGCAAUAUUCAAUUCACAUCGAAGAAAACAUUUUGGGGGCAUAAGGAAUAUUAUUGUCAGUUAAGACAUCGAAAGCCUGAUCAUUUGUCGCCUACCCAAGCCAAAACGCCAUCUAGCGAGAGCUCUAUUUCUCCGCCACCAACAGCUUCAAACCACCUCCAGCAGAUGGCAGCAGUGAUGUCUUCCCAUAAUGCACCUGGUUAUCCAAAUGUAACAGCUCUGUCUGCAUCGCAGGUCGUCACACCAGAGCAAAUCGCAUCUAUCCAAUCACAGUCUUCCCAGAUGACAGUUGUCGUGGCAACCCCAGUUGUUUCACCAGAUGGCAGCACUAGCAUUGUAAACGUCCCAACGGUCAUUAUGCAACCUGUUAUUGCUCCCUUGCCUAAUAUGGUCAAAGCGCAUCAAAAAGAAUCAGCUUCGUCAUCCAAAUGUCCCGCUGAACAACCACUAGAUUUAAGUGUUAAGAAGGAACCACAAAGUCCCCCUCAGGAACGUAUCAGUGUGAAAAGUCCUAGUAUAAAUAGUCCAAGGAAACCAGUUCCUGGUUAUGAACAGCCACAUGAUUUAAGCACCAAAUCAGGACCUUCAUCCCCGAGAAGUUUGAGUACUCCAGGAAGUGCUCCCGUGACACCAGUAUCGCCAUCUGCUGGGCAUAACUGGCCUACACCAGGGGUGGGGUUAAAGGAGAAGACUACCCAAAGGCCUAGUUCCCAUAGUGUGGCAUCUAUGUUAUCCCCGGGGUCAGGGGGGAGUCUUUCACCCCCCUCAACGCCCGGCAGCCAAGCUCCCAUACAGGGCAUCAGCAAGUGUAUGGAUUGUAAUAUUGUGUUCUACAAACACGAGAAUUACGUGAUUCACAAAGAACAUUAUUGUUCGGGCAGGCGUGUAAGACGUCCCGUUAUUCAGCAACAAAUGAUUUAUGAUCAGAACGAUGUUGAACCAAAACGUAUCAAACUAGAUCACCCACCACCAGAUGACAGCACUAGCAGAGAAAAACCCAUAUCGCCAAAAGAAAAUUCCCCAUUGCAAGCAGUCCCACCAAAGUUUUUACAAUUUUACUGUGUACCAUGCAAGAUCAAAUUCAGCUCCCCCGACACUUUGAAGGCGCAUCAACAGUAUUAUUGUCCAUAUGCAGGGAUUCCCGCAGAGAUCCCCACUGCACAGGAAGUCAAGGCAAACAUGCGAGAGGAUUCUCCUGAUGAACCAGGCCCGGAGUAUGGUUGUAUGCAAUGUGGCAACAUUUACCCUUCUAGUCGAUUGCUGAAAGCCCAUCAUUGCGCGAUACUUGAUGUUCAGCUAGUCGCAUGUCCCCAUUGUGAUUAUGUCGCCCAAUCAGAUCAGAGAUUAAUCGAACAUUUAAAGGCACAUUCCCCAUCUAAAGCCUAUAAGUGUACAAUAUGUGGUUACCGUGGAAACACUGUGCGUGGAAUGCGCAUGCACGGGAAAAUGCAUAUUGACGCAGGAGAACAAUUCACUGAUGAAAAUAUGAUAGAAUUUGAGGAGCCGCCAUUAAUCCCAAAGCUCCUACGCCACCGCCCUAGCCAACCAAUCACAAACGGCGCUCAGAUGGAGGCGGAAUUGAUCCGGAUUAAGAAUGAACCAUACAAGAGAAGACGAUCUCGUAAAAGUUACGAGAAAGCAGAGCAUAUCCCUGGAAGCAAUAUCCCUUUAAGGAGACACGCCCCUCAUAUGUGCGUGACGUGUAACCAAGUGUUUUCUGAUACGACAAAGUUGCGGGCACAUAUGAGAAUCCAUGAAGAGGAAUCUUUGCAGUUUGCAUGUAAACAAUGUGAUUAUAUCGUCAACAGCAAAGCAAACUUAGUAAGACAUGUUAAGGUAGUUCAUGAGCUAUAUAGUCGACCAUGGGUAAACGAGGGACAAAAUGAUUCAGACAAAGAGGCAAACCAACAGGAUGAUGAUAACCCGAAAGAAAACACAAUUCCUAGAACACAUAAUAGCCCAUCUGAGCCAAUCAGAGACAAUCAUAGGGAGAGGACGCCAUCUGGUGAACCAUUACAUAAACACAUCAAAGUAGAAAAUAACAAUCUUGUUGAUAAUGGAGAUGAACGAACAAAUCAGGACAUGUUUAAAACAGAAAAAGUUAAUGGUGCAAUUUUAAGCCGACCUGCCUCAAGGUCAUCGGCCCCGAGAAGCCCUGUUGUCAAAGUGGAAACCCCACAGCCAGUCAAAGCAAAUGGCUCUCAUUUAACCCAAGAAGAGAUCCUCCAAAGAAAAAAUGAUAAAAGUAGUGCAAUGUACUGUCAAAAAUGUGAUAUAACUUUCAUGUAUUAUUCCUCUUUCAUUGCGCAUAAGAAGUAUUAUUGUAUGUCCCAUAAUGAAGAAAAUAUUGCCCAACAGGGGGAGCCACUAUCUGAGGCAGUAGCAUAGUGACAUCUAUAUAUGAAAUUAAUUAUUGCCUCAUAUACACAUAUAGCGCAAAAUAAAUACAAUGGAUGUAGCUAGUUAUUGAGACAGACAGGGCAAAUCCAAUAUUUUAUUGAAUAAUAUAAGAUUUCACCAAAACUUUGUCCUAUAGUAACAUACACUCUUCUUUUAGCCUCUUCUGUAUAAAUUUGCAUUUAUCUUUUGUUGUUCCUGACUGUGACAUUGUUUGACUGUAUUAUCGAUAUUUUAUUUAAAAUGAACAAAUAAUUCUCAGACAUAAGAAUAGGGUGCCAUCUAUUUAAAAGUAUUAAAAUCAUAUUUUGCCUGCAAUACUGUAUUUGUACCUUUCACCUAGUUUUAUUU